AUGCGCGCAGCCCCAGAAGCCGCUUGGGCUGCUGCUCGCUGCUUUAGGGGCCCUUUGCUGCUGCACAGGUUGCGCUACAGCAGCAUCAGCAUCAGCAGCUGCAGCGGCGGCGGCGGCAGCAGCAGCAGCAGCAGCAACUGCAGCAGUGGCGUGCUGCAUCAACCCUUGCGUUUCCACUGCCGCACUGCACCCCGCAGCAGCAGCAAAAGCAGCAACAGCAACUGCAACAGCAGCAGCAGCAGCAGCAGGAUUUAUGCCAAUCAUGUUGGGGCGUAUCCAUCGUCAUUCUGCUGCAGCACUUGGGGUGUCUCCUUUCUUCCCCUAGUGUCUCCUCGAGGUGUCUCUGCAGCUUAUUGUGUCUCCUCUACCUUGCUGCAGCGUCACUUGCAUGCAGCAGCAACUCCUAGACAGCAACAGCAGCAGAAGCAGCAACAGCAGCAGCAGCAACAGCAGCAGCAGCAGCAGGCAGCAAAUGAAGAGAUCUGCCCUACUAUACCCGAAGGCGUCGCCAUACCGCCAGACUACAUGGGGACAACACCCAGCAGCAGCAGCAGCAGCAGCAGCAGCAGCAGCAGCAACAGCAGCAGCAACUAUCUACCAGCAUGGGCCCUUCGUUUGCAUGCACCUGCAGCAGAAGUUCUUUUCUUGAGGGUUUGCUGCGUCGCUCCUCUCCUUGUUAUGAGUGUUGGCGUACAUCUACUACCUCCUUUAGGUCUAGCAUCGUUAGCUCGCGAUUGUCUCUCAGCUAUCAUUGCUUACUCUGCAGCACUAUUAACAGCAAAUGCUGCUGUUCAUGUUGGCCUCCAACUUGCUGAGUUUGGAUUUCCUCAACACCGACAACAUCGAGGGUUUUAUAAUGUUGGACGUUUAGGGAUGUCUUUCUUCUUUGUUGUUCAUUCUGUUCUUAUCUGCG